AUGAGCGGUUUUGAGAUUGCUGGUAUCGUUCUCGGGGCGUUUCCCCUCAUCAUCCAUCUUGCUGAUGGAUACAUGAAUGGCGUGCACACAAUCCAGGGAUGGGCUAGACAUCAGCGUCAGUUGAUGCACCUAAAACAGCUAUUGGAGACUGAGCAGACUCGGUUUCUCAACACAUGCGAUAGUCUAUUUCGUGCAUGCACAAAUGCCUCGACGUCCGAGAUAGAAACGCUGCUUGCUGGUGUUGAUCCCGCAGGUGCAGAAUGGGCGAAACAUCAAGAAUCACUGCGGGGAAUGCUUGGCCGCUCAUACGAUCCCUACAUUGAGACCAUCGCUGAUAUGAAUAAUGCGCUAGAGGAGAUGAAAGAGAUUCUCAAUCGAUAUAAGGAAAGUCCAGGUUCAAAAUAUAGACGCCCUCGCCGACUCGCCUUCACACUCUCACGGCACAAACGUGAAGAGCUACUAGAUCGCAUCAGCAAGAACAAUAACAUGCUGGCGGCUUUAUUCGAGCAACGACAACGAUUAGAAGUUCACAAGAGACGAACGACAUCUUCAGGCUACGGACGGAUACGUCAACACUGUAUCAAUCUAUACGACGUCUUAAGCCAAGCCUGGGGAUGCUGCUGUAAGGAUGACCAUAUUGCAAAUUUACAUUUGCCAACGCUUAUGGCCAACCAACUGGCAUUGCCGUCCGAUAUAAAACUCCAAAUGAUAUUCCAGGCCAUGGAAGACCAAAACAAUGUUACCACAAAAUGGCAAUGGCAACAGGCAUAUAUACAGCAACUAGUAGUCCAGGAACCAAAGUUACCCAAGAGACCUGUCUCGACAUCAUGCAUGUCCUCAACGAAACCCAGUAAGAAAUUCCAUGUUCCGUCACCCGAUCCGCAGCUCAAACCUUGGACGCGCAAAGAACGGUUCAAAUUAGCCGUUGCCGUUUCGACGAGUGUUCUGCAAUUCGAUGACACUCCCUGGCUCAAGCAAUCCUGGGGUACCGACGACAUUCAUUUUCUCGUCAAUCCUUCCUCAUCAAUGCCAGAACAGGCAUAUCUAUCAACAGUCUUCUCACAAUCCAGUAAGGCGCCAAAGAAACAGCAGAAUCGCACAAAGUUUCCACCUUUGAUCCGCAAUAAAGCACUCUUCGCCCUCGGCAUCGUGCUAAUCGAACUGGCGUUUGGAAGGCCCUUGAGCCGUUUGAGGACAGACAAGGACGUCGAGGACAGUGGCGGAAUGCAAGAGCUUGUUGAUACUUUUACAAUCAAACGUCUGUUGGAAGGUGUCGAGGAUGAAGCUGGAUAUGAUUACAGUGAAGCCGUCCGCCGUUGCAUCGAAUGUCCAUUUGACGGCAAAGAAGCAAGGUUCUCAAAUGACGCCUUCCAGGAAGCAGUGCACAACUGGAUCAUAGAGCCGCUGAAAGUAAGCUUAAAGAACUUCUGCGGGCCAACCAAUGCGGCCAGCUAUUAA